GUCGCUACGUGCAAUUAUACUAUUUUAGUCUUGACGACAAGACAUGGUGUGUCAUCCGCUUUUAGUUGCUUUACAUUGGAAGAGCUUCGUCACACAACAAAUCUACAGUAUUUGUUUAUUCUUCUUUCUUUCUGAUUUACAUCCAAAAUUAAACAUAAAUUAAAUCCCCCUUAAAUAUCUCUCUAUCGACUCGAUUUACAACCUCCUCGGCGAAUUCCACAUCUCAGCUGCUUUGAAUCCGCCGUAUACGAAACGAAAGCAUCCUCCUUCUCGAUUUAGCUUACUAUGGCCCCGCCGGUAGGACAAACGGCGGUGGUGGCAGAGGCGGCUGGCGGCGACGGUGCUCAACCUCAGCAGCAGCGACAAGCCGGUGGGUUUGGUUCCACGAUCUCCGGAAUCGUUAGGAUCGCCGUGUUCUGGUAUUUCGCUUCAAAGUUCUUCUCUCCUAAACAGAAACCGAUGGAUCCCUCUCAAGCUCCUCACCUCAUGACCAAUCUCUUUCACAAGGGCGAACCAUUGGAUAUGUGGUUUUAUCUUUCAGAGCAAGCGAAGUUCAAUGACUUUAGCAAUGAAGGUGCGCUUUUUUGGCAUGAGACGAAUAUCCCUUAUGCUGUAUGGACACCAGAGAGUAUUAGGACCAAGUCACUCACGUAUUAUCCAUCUGAGACACUACAGAAUAAUGGAAGUCUGUAUGCUCAUGUCUUCUUUGCUCGGUCUGGAUUCCCCAUAGACCCCAGUGAUCCUGAAUACCAACCUCUUAAUAGCUUUGGCAGGACUCAUCCUGUUGCGACUUACUUUCCAAAGCGAAAAGUAGAUAAGAAGAAGAGUCUCUUGGGUAAUCCAAAAGAGACUGCUGAAUCCCAACCAGAAGUUGAGAAAGAUGGUGAUAAAAACUCGAAACUCAAGGAAGAGGUCCCUGUGGAAUGGGUGUCACUCUGGAAACCUAAUGUCACGAUUAACCUGGUCGAUGAUUUUACUCCUUAUUCACAGAAUGGCGCACCACCAAACGUUGCUCCUCACUUGCUGGUAGAACCUAGCACGGGAAAUUACUAUCCUACAAUUUACUUCAAUGAGUUUUGGCUGCUUAGGGACAAGUUUAUUCCAGUCAAUGAGACAGUCUCAGAAUUACCACUUAAUCUGGAAAUAGGCCCCAUAAGCAUGAUGAAGUGGCAACUGUUUCAGCAAGUUGAUCAGUCUUUCCAGAUGCAGCGUAGCUAUGGCAGCAUGCUUGAUGGUGAAUCUGACGAACUAAAGAGGGUGUUUUUGGAAGGAAAUCCCUAUCUGUUGGGCAUCACGAUGUUUGUGUCGAUGCUUCAUUCCGUGUUCGACUUCUUGGCAUUCAAAAAUGAUAUCCAGUUCUGGAACAAAAACAAAUCUAUGGAAGGACUGUCUGCGAAGUCUGUAGUACUGAACUUUAUUUGCCAGUUUGUCAUCUUCCUCUACUUGCUUGACAACGACACUUCAUGGAUGAUACUGGCUAGUUCCGGAGUUGGUGUCUGCAUUGAGUUCUGGAAGAUAGGGAAAGCCAUGCGAAUUGAGGUUGACAGGAGUGGAAUGAUUCCAAGGUUGAGGUUCCACGAUCGUGAAUCCUAUGCAAGCAAUAAAACCAAAGAGUAUGAUGACAUCGCCAUCAAAUUCUUAUCCUACGUGCUCCUCCUCCUUGUCAUCGGAUUAUCCAUAUAUUCUCUCGCGUACGAACGCCACAAGAGCUGGUAUUCUUGGAUCCUGUCUUCUCUAACAAGCUGUGUCUACAUGUUCGGUUUCAUCAUGAUGUGUCCUCAGCUAUUCAUCAACUAUAAGCUAAAGUCAGUGGCACAUUUACCAUGGAGACAGAUGACUUACAAGUUCCUCAACACCAUUAUCGACGAUCUGUUUGCCUUUGUCAUCAAAAUGCCGAUUCUCCAUCGGCUUUCUGUAUUCCGAGAUGAUGUGAUAUUCUUGAUAUACUUAUACCAAAGGUGGAAAUACCCUGUGGACAAGACACGUGUGAACGAGUUCGGUUUCGGAGGUGAGGAUGAAACUGGAGAGAAGAAGCUGAUCACUGAGAAAGAAGAAGAAGACAACAAGAAAACAAACUAAAAUCUUUUACACUUCUUCCUUUUAUUUUUGUGGUUCACACUUUCAGUUAUAGUUUCUUAAUUUCUUUUUUGUUUUCCUUUUCACUUGGAAAUUGUUUUGUUUAAGUUAUCACAAUGUCAACAACUUUCAUAACACACAAUAUAUAGUAGCUUCUUAAUUUUUUCUUUCUGAAC